ACAGAUGACAUAGCAGCAGAUGUAGCCUACUAACGGUGGACGUGGCUGCGGUGGUGGUGGUGAUAGAAAUUUGACCCAGGAUUAUCUUAAAGUAUCGAAGGCUAAGACGGAAGUAAAGAAAUAGAGGUGGAUCCAAGAUGGAGGAGAUUCUAAUCUUACAAAUGGGAGGCACCAUCGAUAAGGACUAUCCGAAGACGAAGGGAGGGCGCGCCUUCGAAGUUGGCGAGCCUUCGGUGCGGCGAGUGCUGGCCCGUCUGCGUCCAGCCCGCUCCAUCAUCACCUCCCUUGAUACCGUGUGCAGGAAGGACAGCCUCGACCUCACCGAGGACGACAGACACUCACUGGUUGCUCGGGUGACGGAGGCCAAUCAGACGCGAGUGGUGGUGACUCAUGGCACUGACUCCCUCAUCGACACAGCUACGCAUCUGGCCAAGCACUUGCCGCAACGUGACGUCAAUGCCAAGACUAUUGUGUUCACGGGAGCACACACCCCGGAGAAGUUCAGGGACUCAGAUGCAGACUUCAACAUCGGGGUAGCCAUUGGGGCGGUGCAGGCGGUCGGCCCUGGAGUAUGGGUGACCAUGAAUGGGAUUUUGCUGCAUUGGGACCGCGUAGAGCGGGACGACACCGGGCAAUUUGUGCCUCGUAGACGUCAACUGUCAGUUACUGUGUAAACCACUGCCUCUAUUUUAACGUCGUUUCGUUCUUUUCCUUCUCUUCUUCCUUAUUCCUCUUCUUCUCAUGAAGAUACAGAUUUCUUCUCUCUCUCUACUCACCCUUUCCCAAGUCUUUUCUCCCCUCCUUUGUUUUAGUUGGUAUGGUUGAUUUGUUAUGUAUCUCCUACUCCUUAAUACCCUCUUUAUAAGCUUAUAAUCCUAGAAGCACAUAUUUUCUCCUCAUCCUUUUCCUUUUUUCGCCAUCCGUUAUCUUCGUUAUUCUAUAGUUCCUUCUCCAUUUAAUAAAAGUGUAGUGACAACACAAAA